CCGAGCGGGGAGGACGCGCGCGUCCGCCGGCCGGGACUGAUCAGCUGAUAGUGACGCGGGAGCCCGGGAUCGUUCAGUGCUUCGGCGGCGGCAUGUCAGCACAGCUGAGGCGCGUGUGCCGACUCUGAAUGCGCGCAGCCAUGGUCCCGGACGUGCACCAGACGGCCUCGGGCGUGCCGUUCGGGCCGGCGGCUUCACACCACGCCCAAACGCUGGAGGCUGUGUGGCGGCACGGCCCGGCCGGCUUCUACGAGCCCGCCAAGGAGCUGGCGGCGGCCGCCUGCGGCCUCUGGUCGGCCAAGGAGCUGUGCGGUGCGCCCGGAGCGGCCGGCGGCCUCUACCCUCUGAGGACGAACGUGUGCGGCAAGACGCAGGCCAGCCUGCACCCGGGAAUGAGUGAAGUGUGCGGCGCGCUCAGCCAGACUAGUCUGUACCCAGGGAGGACUGAGGCGUGCGGCGCACCGGGCCAGACUAGUCUGUACUCGGGGAGGAGCCAACAGGCGCGCGGCGCGGCCGGCCCGCCCAGUCUGUACCCGGGCCGGGCGGUGCCGGUGCGGCCGGCACCGCCGGCGCCACUCUGCUGCGCGCCGCUGCGCUCCAGCCGCGUCAGCUCCUCCACGGACGCCGCCAGGGACCUGAGUCAGCCGCUGUUCGUCGACACCACCGUCGAAUACGACCUGCCGAAGGAGGCGUACCCGCCGGAGAACAGCGAGCCGCUGCUGAUCGUGCACCCGCAGUACUUCGAGCACCUGCGGCACCGGCGCACGCUCGGCUCGGCCUGCGUCUGCCAGCUGUGCAACUUCUACGGCCGCCGGAUGCCGCUGGAGGCGUGCGCGCCGCCGCCGGCCGCCCCCGCCGUCACCGCCACCGCUGCCGCUGUGCCGCCGGCCUUCCAGAGGCCGGGCGUGACGUGCGACUGGCCGCGCUUCCAGCAGCAGCAGCAGCAGCAGCAGCCA